GUGACUGGUGAGAUAGGCAGAUACAUGUAUAGAAGAAGCAGCAAGGAGCCAGGAAUAAUCGCGGAUAAUGGGCGCUCGAAAGAUUUCCUUGAAAAUCCAUUUCCGUUCUCGAAAUCAAGUGUAGCUCGACGGUCGCGUUGUCUUCUGCCUGAAGUGUGGACUUAUUAAUAAACAUCGUAUAGAUGUCGACUGCAAACGCCAACCCUGAUCUCCCUCCCGACGUUCCAAAUGUUUGCUUUCCAUUGGGCUGCAGAAAGAGUACAAGGAUGAAGAACGCUCUACCUUAGGUCUCUUGUGGUUUUCUGCACCGUUCUCAUCAGAAAGUUGAGCUGUCAUCCUGUCUCUUACUGACUAGCCAGGAAUUGAAGAGUUGGAAGGCAACAGCAUUUCGUAAAGAGAGAGAGAGAGAGAGAGAGAGGGUUGGUGGUUGUUCGUGUUCUAGAGAUGGCGGUCGACCCAAGGCAGAUACUGGCUGGUUUCCUCACCUUAACCAUGUUCUUCAUGCUUGUCAACAUGAUCAAAAGAGAUCACUUUGACACCAUUGAGAUCAAACAAUCUCAAACCAUCACGAUUUCAGAGAAGCCGAGUACGAAUAACAUCGAGACAGAGAGCCGCAUCGGCCUGUGGAAGGAAAAUGAUCCACCACUCAGACAUUGUUGGAGCAAACUCCAACCUAAGGAGAAAAGAAAGGGGUAUAUCACACUUACAUUGAUUAAUGGAGCACACUACCAUCUUUCUCAGAUUGCAGAUGCAGUAGCUGUUGCGAGAUAUCUGGGAGCAACUUUGGUGGUCCCCGAUAUCCAAGGAAGCAGCUCAAGAGAAAAGAGGAAAUUUGGUGAAAUUUAUGACAUUGAUAAGUUUGUCAAUAAUCUCGUUGGUGUUGUCGAGAUAGCAAGGGAUCCCACCACCAUAACUGCAGGUAUACCUGCCAUUGUGCGAAUUCCCACUAGGCCAAGGCAUGAUGUAAUUGAUGAAAGAGUUGAACCAAUAUUCAGAGUAACGAGGAGUGUGAGACUCGUCAGUUACUUUCCUUCACUCAACAUGAAAAUAAGAGGUUUUCAGAAGAGAGAAGUGGAUUCAGCCUUCUGUCUUGGCAUGUUUGGCACUCUUGAUCUGCAGCCGGAGCUUCUUACCGUUGCAGAUCAGAUGAUCGAGAAACUUAGAUCCCUAACCCGUAAAUCUGAUGGCCACUUCAUCGCCAUCGAUCUGAGGCUUAACCUGUUGCAACUAAAAGGAUGCAAAGUCACCUCUGGAAGAAACAGAUGCUUCAGUGCACAAGAAAUAGGUAAUUUUUUGAGGAAAACCGGUUUUACUAGCGAGACUGUUAUCUAUCUAACACAGUCCAAAUGGCAUAAAGAGUUCGAUCCUUUGAAGUCAAUCUUUCCAAGAACUUACACAAAGGAAUCUGUCAUUCCUGGUGACAAGAUGGACUUAAUCCUUGACCGCAAAAGUAUAGAAUUGGAGGCCAUUGACUUUCACAUCUGCACCCACAGUGAUAUAUUUGUACCUGCAAUCCCUGGCCUGUUCUACGCAAAUGUUGUUGGACGGAGGAUUGCUGCUGGCAGGACGCAGAUACUGGUACCAACAAGCAACCCAACUUCUGGGUCUCUUUCUCGCUAUGUUUCUGACAAAAGCCACCUGGCUUAUUCAUGUUUGUGUUAGACCAUCCAUGAACAAACCAGCAAACUUGUAUUUGUGAUCUCCCUGUCUCUCUUCCUCGAUCUAUCUAUCCUUCUGUC